CAACUGAUGCUCAGUCACGAAGUGGGGGUUCCCAAAUUUUUCUUUCCUCCUCCGAUCCCCCCUCCAGACGGCCCCCCGCCAAAGAAAGACAAAGACCCUGUGAAUCCUCUUCUCACUCUCAAACUUUUUUCUCUUCUUUUUUCCUCAUCACCAAACUCAAUUCCUACCAUCAUCCCCCAAGUCAUCCGACUUACACACAAGACACAAUGGCCUCCAGCACAUACGCCCUCUCCGAGGAGCACAAGCAGCUCCUCGAGAAGUCCCUCGUGGACUCUGACCCCGAGGUCGCUGAGAUCAUGAAGCACGAGAUCCAGCGUCAGCGCGAGUCCAUCAUCCUCAUCGCCUCCGAGAACGUCACCUCCCGCGCCGUUUUCGAUGCCCUCGGCUCCCCCAUGUCCAACAAGUACUCUGAGGGUCUCCCCGGCGCUCGUUACUAUGGCGGCAACCAGCACAUCGACGAGAUCGAGCUUCUCUGCCAGAAGCGUGCCCUUGAGGCCUUCCACCUCGACCCCGCGAAGUGGGGUGUCAACGUUCAGUGCUUGAGCGGCAGCCCUGCCAACCUCCAGGUCUACCAGGCCAUCAUGCCUCCUCAUGGCAGACUCAUGGGUCUCGACCUCCCCCACGGUGGCCAUCUGAGCCACGGUUACCAGACCCCCCAGCGCAAGAUCUCUGCUGUCUCCACCUACUUCGAGACCAUGCCCUACCGUGUCAACCUUGACACUGGCAUCAUUGACUACGACCAGCUCGAGAAGAACGCUCAGCUCUUCCGCCCCAAGAUCCUCGUCGCCGGUACUUCGGCCUACUGCCGCCUCAUCGACUACGAGCGCAUGCGCAAGAUUGCCGACUCGGUUGGUGCCUACCUCGUUGUCGACAUUGCCCACAUCUCUGGUCUCGUUGCCUCCGGCGUCAUCCCCACUCCUUUCGAGUAUGCCGAUGUCGUCACCACCACCACUCACAAGUCCCUCCGUGGUCCCCGUGGUGCCAUGAUCUUCUUCCGCAAGGGCGUCCGCUCCGUUGAUGCCAAGACCGGCAAGGAAACCCUCUACGACCUCGAGGACAAGAUCAACUUCUCCGUCUUCCCCGGGCACCAGGGCGGCCCUCACAACCACACCAUCACCGCUCUUGCCGUUGCCCUCAAGCAGGCCGCCUCCCCCGAGUUCAAGGCUUACCAGGAGAAGGUUGUUGCCAACGCCAAGACCCUCGAGAGAGUCUUCAAGGAGCAGGGCCACAAGCUCGUCUCUGACGGUACCGACUCCCACAUGGUCCUCCUCGACCUCCGCCCCUUCGCUCUUGACGGUGCCCGUGUCGAGGCUCUCCUCGAGCAGAUCAACAUCACUUGCAACAAGAACGCCGUCCCCGGCGACAAGAGCGCUCUUACCCCUGGUGGUCUCCGUAUUGGUACUCCCGCUAUGACCUCUCGUGGCUUCGGCGAGGCCGACUUCGAGCGCGUCGCCAAGUAUAUCGACGAGAGCAUCAAGCUCUGCAAGGAGGUCCAGGCUGCUCUCCCCAAGGAGGCCAACAAGCUCAAGGACUUCAAGGCCAAGGUUGCCUCUGGCGAGGUUCCCCGCAUCAACGAGCUCAAGAAGGAGAUCGCUGAGUGGUCCUCCACCUUCCCCCUCCCCGUUGAGGGCUGGAGAGUCGACGCUGGCCUUUAAACGGGUCAGUGUUUUGUUUCAAAAAUUAUGUGGAAGGGGAAUGAUAUCCGGCGUAUAAUUUGCCACCUGUUCAACAAAAGGUAGAGGGCAGGGUUUUUUUUGCUAUUUUAUGGGUCAUGGUUUUUGUUUUGUGUCAUAGCAUCUAAAAAGUAAUGGUGCUUGGGAUCACGGAGAUAUACCUCAACGAAUCGGGAAAUCUGGGUUGCAUGGAAAAAGAGAUCAAAUGGGAAAGGAAAAAGAAUUAAGAGAGAAAGAAGUCACUUUCUUUUCAUGAUCACUUGCAAGAGCAUAUUCUUGGCGGUGUUUCUGCAACGUUGUAUGGGGGAGGUGAUCUCUUUUUGUUACUGGUCAUCAACUUGCCAGGUAUUGGGUAACAAGGGGGGUAGGGAAGGAGUAUGGGGUGAUGAUUUUAUGUGUCUGAACAUGGUGAGUUGGUACGGUAUGUGUAUGUAUGUCGUGCUGGAUCAAGGAGAGGCUGUUUUGGCUGGUUGCUUUUCAACCGCUUCAACGCGGUUGGUUAUACCCGGAGGUGUGAGGAGGGUUACAUGCGGAUGUGGUCGUUGGGUAGCAGUUGAGAAACGAAAUUGAAAUACGUCCAAGUAGACAUUUGUUAUGUGACGGUUCCUUGGAUAAUGUAAGGCUGUGUCGACAUGAUCAAUUUGCAGGGGGAAGCUGGGAGAAGUUGUUUGCAGG